CUCCACUCGGUUUGCGAGGCCACCCCGCCGCCCCCCGCCCAGGUGCCAUGGCCGCCGUGUACCGCUCCGGCCUGCGGCUCCACUGGCGAGUGCAGGUCCCCUGGGAGUGCUCACCACAGCCCCGGCGCCACGUCCAGACCCUGCGAGUACUCAAUGGAGAUCUGAGCCAGCUGUCUGUGGGGGUGCGAGACUUUGUGGAACGCAGUGCCCGCCUGUGCCAGCCAGAGAGCAUCCACAUCUGUGAUGGGACCGAGACGGAGAACACUGCCACCCUGGCCCUGCUGGAGCAGCAGGGUCUCAUCCGGAAGCUCCACAAGUACAGUAACUGCUGGCUGGCCCGCACAGACCCCAAGGACGUGGCACGAGUAGAAAGCAAGACGGUGAUUGUAACUCCUUCUCAACGGGACACCAUUCCCCUCCCGGCUGGUGGGGCCCGUGGGCAGCUGGGCAACUGGAUGUCGCCCGCUGAGUUCCAGCGAGCCGUGGAUGAGAGGUUUCCGGGCUGCAUGCAGGGCCGCACCAUGUACGUGCUUCCAUUCAGCAUGGGUCCCGUGGGCUCCCCACUCUCCCGAAUCGGCGUGCAGCUCACCGACUCGGCCUAUGUGGUGGCGAGCAUGCGCAUUAUGACCCGCCUAGGGGUACCCGUGCUUCGUGCCCUGGGAGAUGGCGACUUUGUCAAGUGCCUGCACUCUGUGGGCCGGCCCCUCACUGGGCAGGGGGAGCCAGGGAGCCAGUGGCCGUGCAACCCAGAGAAAACGCUGAUUGGCCACGUGCCCGACCAGCGGGAGAUCGUCUCCUUCGGCAGCGGCUAUGGUGGUAACUCCCUCCUGGGCAAGAAGUGCUUUGCCCUGCGCAUCGCCUCUCGGCUGGCCCGCGAGGAGGGCUGGCUGGCGGAGCACAUGCUGAUCCUGGGCAUCACCAACCCCGCCGGAAGGAAGCGCUACGUGGCCGCCGCCUUCCCCAGCGCCUGCGGCAAGACAAACCUGGCCAUGAUGCGGCCUGCCCUGCCAGGCUGGAAGGUGGAGUGUGUGGGGGAUGACAUCGCCUGGAUGAGGUUUGACAGCGAAGGCCGACUCCGGGCCAUCAACCCUGAGAAUGGCUUCUUUGGAGUGGCCCCUGGCACCUCUGCCACCACCAACCCCAAUGCCAUGGCCACAAUCCAGAGUAACACGCUCUUCACCAACGUGGCUGAGACCAGUGACGGCGGCGUGUACUGGGAGGGCAUUGACCAGCCUCUUUCACCUGGCGUCACUGUGACCUCCUGGCUGGGCAAACCCUGGAAACCUGGUGACAAGGAACCCUGCGCACAUCCCAACUCUCGCUUCUGUGCCCCGGCGCGCCAGUGCCCCAUUAUGGAUCCAGCGUGGGAGGCCCCUGAGGGGGUCCCCAUCGACGCCAUCAUCUUUGGAGGCCGAAGACCCAAGGGGGUGCCCUUGGUUUACGAGGCCUUCCACUGGCGCCACGGGGUGUUUGUGGGCAGCGCCAUGCGCUCCGAGUCCACGGCUGCCGCUGAACACAAAGGGAAGGUCAUCAUGCAUGACCCGUUCGCCAUGCGGCCCUUUUUUGGCUACAACUUUGGGCACUACCUAGAACACUGGCUGAGCAUGGAGGGGCGCAAGGGGGUCCGGUUGCCCCGCAUCUUCCAUGUCAACUGGUUCCGGCGGGAUGAGGCAGGCCGCUUCCUGUGGCCAGGCUUUGGGGAGAAUGCUCGUGUGCUGGACUGGAUCUGCCGGCGGCUAGAAGGCGAGGACAGUGCCCAAGAGACGCCCAUUGGGCUGGUGCCAAAGGAAGGGGCCUUGGAUCUCAGCGGCCUGGGAGCCGUGGAUACCACCCAGCUGUUCUCACUCCCCAAGGACUUCUGGGAACAGGAAGUUCGUGACAUCCGGAGCUACCUGACAGAGCAGGUUAGCCAGGAUCUACCCAAGGAGGUGCUGGCGGAGCUGGAGGCCCUGGAGGGACGCGUGCGCAAAAUGUGACCAGAGGUGCCAGGCCAAGCGAGCAUACCACGUGGGAACAAGGCAGCCACAGGCUUGCCAUGAUCUGAGCAGCUCUGAGAGAACCCACAUCUUAUGGGUGGCAGGGGAGCAGGCCUUCCCCUCCCCCCACACUGUCCAGCAAUAAGAGAUGCUUGUGUAUUUUGCGUAA